GGAGAGAUUUUCACCUUCACACACUCCGGCUGUCACACACAUACACACACAUACACACGCGCGCUCCGCGAGAGAAACAUCGAAAACGAAACAGGACUAUGGACCUGAGCCUGCGAGACGCUCUUGGUGGGGGUGGAGGUGGGGUCCCAGGUGGGGCCCCUGCUGAGGCCCUGCUGAAGAGGGACUUUGUGGCGUCACUGGAGAAAGAGAGCUAUGAUGACAAGGUGGGAGAGUCAGUCUCCAAGAGCGACUACCGACCCUUACUGGAUGGAAAGGACACCAAGAGCGGUCCAGGGAUGAUGUCAUCAAUGAUGUCAUCAGGGGGACGCCAAGACCCACCAGGACAGCCUGCCUUCAGCUCUGACUACCUGUCUGGUCCUAUGAUGGGAGCAAAGACAGAUCAAUGGAGCCUGAACAAGACAAAGGACAACAGCAUGCCUGACUCAUUACUAGGCUUUUCUCAGUCUGGGAUGGGAGGGACCAUGGGGUCUAGCAUGCCACCAUUCCAGAGCAGCAUGAGCUCCACUCUGGGCCAGACUGGGAUGGGCUCGGCCAUGGACUCCCAGAAGAGUUCGGGCCUGUUUGGUGUGGAAAGCAAAAGCACCACUAACACCAGUGGAAGCAGUCCAAUGAAAACCAGUGAUGUGUUUUCUUCUGGUGGCCCGGGACUCCACUCUAUGGAUCACACUGCAGCUCCCAUCCUCUCUCCCAGCGGCUCUAUGGAGGACAGCAGUCCCACUUCCUCUGCCUCUGAACCCCUCAGCCCUGAGAGAGUGGGGCCGGGGGGCGAGGCUGGCAAGCAACAGCAGAGACGGCGGAAGAAGAAGAGGAAGGGCCAUGACCAGGUCUAUGACUUCUUGGAUAGCCAGGAGAAUAACAUCGGACAAUCAGACAAGCAUGGGAUGCAGGAUAAGGGCGGACUGGAGGCGGAGGAGGAUGAGGACGAGGACGAGGAGGAGAACUGGGAGUGGGAGAUCAGAGAGAGUGGAGGAGGGGGUAGAGUGAAAGGCAAGAAGACAAAGAGUCGGGCAAGACUUCCAGAGGAGUGGGGAGGGCCCCAGCAGCCCAUGUCUCCCACGCCGGCUACUGCUGGUCCUACUCAGGCUACCACUGCCAACUCUGGUCCUUCUGACUCCAAAGCUCCAGACACCAACCCUAGCCCUGUUUUGCCCUCUUCCCCUGCACAAAUACCCACAAGUUUCAUCAACAGUUCCCAUGCUAGCCUUGUAACAGAUUCAUCUCCACGCUCGUAUGAGCCGAUGUGUGUAGAUGAUUUCCCUUUGUCUGCAAAAGACGGUCAAAAAGCAAAUGAAGAGAAAAUGAUGACCAGCAAACCUGAACCUAGCGUUAGCACAGGGGCUAGUGUUGCCAACAAGAGCAGUUUAGCUGGGGAUGUUAGUGGUAGUCUAGCGUUGAUGACAGGGGACAAUCUCAGCCCAGUCUCCCAGACCUUCUCUUUCCUGGAUUCAGUCCUCCAGACCCCUCCAGGCUCCACUCCUGACUCACAGACCACCACCCCUAUCACCAACACCCCUUCCCUUGCAACAGCUCCCUUGACAAAGUCCACCUCGGCAGAAACCUCCACUCCUGCCUCACACGUCACUUCAGUUUCCAACCCCUCCAAGAGCACCCCAGACCUUCCUCCUACUUCCACCAACCCAUCACCCUUAGCUGCCACAGACACACGCCCUACAGCAACUGCAGUUGGAUCAGUCCUCAACGCCGAUGCCAAGCCUUUUGUCCCCUCAGCCUCACUCACAUCCUUCACACCCACUAUGACUGCAGCUGCUCCUAUUGUUAGCACAACAGCAGCCGCAGGAACCGCGGCGUCCACCACCACCUUCGCCACAACCCUUAGCUCCUCGGCUUCUCCCUGUAAGAAUGAAUCCACUCCCACGCCAUCAUCAGACACUUCCCUCAAAAGUGUAGCCACGCCCCUUAGCUCAGCAACAGCCACUCCCCCUCCAUCCAUCACCCCCGCAGCCCCUCCUUCUCUCCCUGCACACUCAGAGCACCAGGAGUCCUCGUCGCCACAGCUCCCCCCAAUGGAAGUGAAAUCCGAUAACAAGGACAAGCAGGAGAAGACAGACAUCAUGUCCAGCAAGACUGACAAGUUUGACACCUUUGACAAGAAGGAAAAAGAGGAGCAGCAGAAGAAGGACAGCAGCCCAGAUAAGAACCAGAAGUCUGAGAAGAUCCUCAAAGACGAGGAAAAGACGGAGAAGAUGAACGCCGAGAAGAACAACAAAGCCAUUGAGAAGGCAGAGAAAGCGGACAAGCCGGAGAAGACCAACAAAGACGAGAAGAAGGAGGAGGACGAGAAGAAGGAGGCGGACAAGAAGCUGGCGGAGAAGAAGGAAGAGAAGGGAGGGAAAGGGACAGCCAAGUCUCCAACAGGCAACGGCAGCAAGAACCUGCCGAGCCCUGACAGCAAGAGCAAGCCUGACGUGGGUUCAGCUAAACCAAACUCAGCCAAAUCCCGCCCAUCCACCCUCUCCACCAAUGGCGAGGCCAACUCGGCCAAACGCCCCUCCCCCACCACAGCCUCAGCCAAUAAAAAAAGCCCUGUACCCAAGGCAACCACACCCACCGCCGCCAAGCGGCCGCCAACAGCAACAGGCUCCACCAAGGCUGCCAAGACUGCAGAAAAUGAGAAGCGCCCACCUGUGCCAAAGGCCACGCCCACACCCCGCGCGACUGCCAAUAAGAACGGCUCCUCUGCAACUGCUGCAAAUAAAACUGCUGCGAACAAGAACGACAAGGCUGAGAACAAGACUGGAGAGGCCAAGAAACCUAAGACUCCAGCCCGUCCUCGCCCGGCCACAACCACCACCACUCCUGCUGCCUCGACUAAUGGUGAAACCGGUCACCGCCGCCGCGUUAUCACUAAACCCCCCGUGCCCAAGCAGACCCCAAUGGAGAAGAAGCCGGCGGUGCCCCGCGCUCCUCGAACCCCCCGGCCGAUCAACGCUCCCACACCUGACCUGAAGAACAUCCGCUCCAAGAUCGGAUCCAUUGACAACAUCAAGUACCAGCCCGGCGGAGGAAAGGUCUCCUCCACCCCGAACAACAAGGCAUCAGACCCCUCCACCCCUGCCGCCAAGGCCAGAGUUCAGAUAGUGCACAAAAAGCUGGACUUCAGCCAUGUCACGUCUCGCUGUGGCUCCAAGGACAAUAUCAAACAUGUCCCUGGAGGUGGCAAUGUGCAGAUCCUUAAUAAGAAGGUCGAUGUGAGUAAGGUGACGUCCAAAUGUGGCUCAAAGGACAACAUCAAACACAAGCCAGGUGGAGGUGAUGUGAAGAUCGAGUCCCAUAAGCAAAACAUUAAAACUAAGUCUAAGAUUGGAUCCAUGGACAACGUGGGGACAGGCAACGAACAGACCAACGGACACAAGGAGGAGAAAACAGAGGAGAAGUCAUCUUCACCUCCAACAGGACCAGCGGGCGUUGCCAAGGCGACAGCACCAGGAGGGGUUGCUAAGGAGAACGGGGUGAAGGAGCCCACACCUACUCCUUUCGGGGGGGACGGACUGAGGGAGCCCCUUAGCAUAGACAAACGCAUUACUGAGACAAAUUGAGUCCCAGUGACCUGUAGAUUUUGGUGGGACACGCAUGGCGCUCGCCUGCCUGCCAAUCAACUGACCAACCAACCUACCACGGCGCAGUCACUUCCCUUUGGCCCCGCCCUUCAUCUCGCCCACCGCAGCACCGAACUGACCGAUCGCCUCUCAGUGUUUCUCUGGGGUCCGCCUGCCAGCUUCCUGCUACCAACCCUGACCUUUGACCUCUCAACGGUUGACCUUUGACCCUGCCUACCACAGAGAAGAGCACUUGCUGUUUGUCUGUGUUUCUGUGCGUGGGGUUCCACCAGCUUCUCAACCUUCAGACCCCAAAUUUAACGCAAUAAACCCACUAACUGUAGUCAGUGCUGUAAGGAAGUAUACUGAGCAUAGCCAGCUUUAGAAUAUUUCCACCAGUGAAUUUAAUUACUGCUUUAUCCUUUUAGUGCAAACACCCUGCAUCAGAACUUUUUAGUCUAAUCUAUGGUCCCCCACUUUGAUCUGUGUUAACAGACCUUUGCUAAUGCUAAUAUUUGCCCCACUUCUAUUCCCAGUCUAUGUCCACUUAGUCCCAAACCACACUCACCAUUUAAGGGACUGUAACCGCUCAGCAGCAGAGUGAAUACUGUCAGCUCUGCUUUAGAUUAACACGUUCCAGCCUCCCAGCCAGCCAGCCAUUAUUUUCACAUCUACAGUAUCUAAAGAACUGCACGUUGUCACAUUAUCUCCCAUUAUAUCUCUUGGUAUCGUUUGUCUCACCCAAAUUUAUUACAAUAAUGCUUCUUUAUCUCUGGAUUAUUAAUAUCAUGAUGUUAGCAGUGAGCAGUGACGAGGACAGGGACUUAUGUAGAGUAGACAGAGUAGACGUUUGGAAAUAGAUCUAAAGGUUGGAAAUAGAUCCAAAGGUAGAGUUCGAAAUCAGCACAGAAGCAUUCAGGAUGUUAGAUAAUUCUUGUGUUUCAAGGAAAGAUGCAUUCAUUGGCAGAGCAAAUGACUUUUACUACAAUCGGAAACAUCAUUUGAUGAUGUGAUGAGUGCAGGAUAAUCACCAGGAAAGGUAGGCGUUAAGUGACGGGGGAGCUCUUUGGCUUCUCUGGAUAGCCUUGGCUCAAAAAAGAUUUGGCACUGGACACAGGUAUUUGAUCUUGAUGCCAGAUAAGUUAUUUUAACCUUGACAGAGUGGUUUCAAAUUCAGGAUGAAGGAGUAUUUAAAUCUCUAUGAUAUGUGUAAGGCCUUGGAGUUAAUCUGCAAGCUGCUGCACUUUUUAGUCAAGUUACAUGAAAGCAUUAAUGCACAGUGUACUGUAUCUGGCACCUAGACUCGUCAGCCACCAGGCUGCUAGGUAAGACCCGGUUGCGCCAGUGCUUGAAAUGGUGGGAUUUCACAGCAAAAUCAUAAGUCACAUUAACUUCAAGUGCUACAUGCUAAUUUGCCUAAAACUAAACGGCACAGUCAAGAGAAAAUGGAACAAUAAAAAUCAGACAGCUGUUCAAGAAUGAGAAGGCUAUUCUAUUUCUAUGCUUGCUAGAGGCUUAUCAGUUAGCUCGCUAGCUAUGUUCAUUUGCCAACUGACCUUACUAGUCCCUACAUCACCAGGCAAAUCUGAUCUGUUUCUCAAAUCAGAUCUUGAAGACAGACUGUCCGCACUGUUAUUUGCAUUAACCAGAUUGGAUUUGUGUGUUCAACCAAUUUGCUUGGGUUGCUGUGGUAACGAUGUAGGUGUCAGUAACUAUGUAGCUAUGCUUGUGGCUUGGCUCUCCAGCCCAGAAGCAUGAAGGUCUAUUGAUUUGUACUCAAGACAAUUUAUUUUGCCAUCUGUCAUGGGAGUGUUAAAGCUCAUGGUGUCUUCUCGGCUAGCAGCAGCAUGGAUCUGCUCAGCAACUCUGUCAAUGUGGAUUCGACGUUGUUAUUUCCUGUUCAAAACAUUUAGAAAAUCUGAUUUGAGAUGCAAGAGCAGCUGGACUGAGACACAUCUUUGGAAAUCUAAUUGACAAAGCAUUUCCAAACACCUCCAAGUGAGGGUUGCACAUAGUUUGUUUUUUUGUCCAGACUUUCUAGACAUCUUGAUAUGCCAAACAUAUAAAUGAUUUGGCUUGCAGUCUUAACAAGGCACAAGCUGCUGAACCCUCUUAAUUAGGAAGAAAGUUUGGAAUAAAUCCCCUUGCCACUUUCUGGUGUGACCGGGCCUUAAAUUCACUACAACAUAAAGUUAUUUAUUUAUUUGGAUCCCUGUUAGUUUUCGCCAAGUGGUCACUAGUUUUCCUGCAACCUAUGAAUAUCUAUGAGGGAAUGCACAGGUCUGUAGAGUAUAUUACACACCUCUGGGGAUAUUGAGUGUGAUAGCACUACUUAAUGUUACUUAAAGAGUAACUAAACCCCCUGCUUUUAGCUUGAGUGCCUCCUCCCUGCGAUGGGAUAAAAGCCUCAAAAGUGGGCAAGGCUGGGAGGGGGUCUAAUACACGUCCAGUCACCUAAUCAUGCCGUCUCUUGAUCCGCAGCACCUCCCUGCCCCCGGCAUAGACAUAGUCAGUUGGUGACGGAGCAGCGACAGGGAGGCUCGGUUGGUGAUAAAAGCUUGCUGCUACCAGGAUCAGCAAAUAGCAGAAUCAAUUCAAUAGCAGGUUUUAAUAUUUUGCACUCAAACGUCAAAAGUUGGACCUAAAUCAUUCAACAACAUAACUAAAUAUACCCAUCAAUGCUGCUUUUCAACUAUAAAAGUUUGUGGGUUUAGUUACUCUGUUCACAUCCUGCUCAUAAAAGCUGAAAACUUUGAUCAGUCGUGGUCAUGUGGUCUUAGUCCACAACUAGUGUGGGUGUCUGCAUGUGCUGCAGCCCAGUUCAGCUUUACGAAAGUAUUUAAAAAAUGACAAAAAAAGCACCUUAAGCAAAAGAUCAUUUCAGUAUAAGACUUACAACCUUAACCUUUAUCUUUAUGUAAGCUCAUAAAGUUAGGGGGCACUUUAGUCUUCUCAAUAAGACUAUUUCACGCAACACAACACAACACGUGCAGCCCAGUUUUCCUGCACUAUAACUCUGGUUCACACACCUCCCAUACACCCCUCAGUUUCAGUCAGACAUUCAUUGAUUCUCCUGCAAAAGACCCCAGCAGUCACCCUGAACUGUGUGUAGCAAAUACAGUUCACAUGUGGCUGUUAGAGACAGACAAACAGACAGACAGCGCCUUCUUUUUCUCGGGCAUGUGGUACUUCCUGGUCAUGUGGUUCACCCCAGUGGAGAGGGGGUGGGGCUACAGAGCCGCACCCCUCUUUAAGUUCUCCCACUAGCCGGUGCGUCUUAGAAUCCUCUCUGUGAGACCUGCUAACUUUCUUCACACACUUUACACGCAAGCACAGAUAUACACAGGAAAGCACACACAUGCUUGUUGGUGUGCAUGCACACAAACACACACACACACACACACACAUAAACAAACAGAAAUCAGCACAUACAGUAUAAUACACACGAAUAAGCACCCUAAAGUAAAAACAGUAUGCUGUUCAUAGAGGCAUUUGUUUGUUAAUGAAACCAACUCUUUAUUGUACUUUGGUGGUCUAUGCUGAUAUUGUUAAAACAAUGAUGAGCUGUGUCGGUGUGUUGUUCCUAUCAUAGUCAUUGUCUGACAUUUUCAUCAUAGGCUCACCUCAUGCCCGCCGCCUCCGCCUUGUCUGUUUUUCUUGUCCCGUGUUUCGCUCCGACUCUCUGACAGCAAUACAGUGAUCUUAGUUCGAACGCCUCCUGUUACGUGCGCAAACAAAUGAGACAGAGAGUGACCACAGAAGUUAAGAUCAGGUAGUUAGAAGCAUUCACAUGCAGGGAGAAGUGUCAGUUAAAGGGAAUAAUGUUACAUUCAUGGCGAGUCUGAAGUUGGCAUUUUAUUUGCAGCUUUUUGGUGAAUUUGUGAUAGACUGAACCUACAUAGAGCUACAGUACAACCAAGCCCCCAGCCGACAUUUGUAUGUGGGGUCCAUGUGAGUAGUAUAUGGGCUAAGAUAUAAAAUUAUGAAUUAUUUUACUACUCUGGACAAUGGGAAGUGCCCAACUCCAAAAAUGCCAUGAAUGCAGCAGUAUUUCAGCAAAGCAGAACCGAGAAAUGGCCUGUGAAUACUGUAGUUGGGACCAUCCUGUGAUGUUUGAAAUUGUGUACUUGUAUAAUAGAGAUUUGACAAUUUGAUUUUUUAAUUGAAAUGGUCAUAUCACACUCAGUUAUAAAGAAAAUUUCAAUUAAUGGUUGAUGAGAAAUCUUAAACUUAAAGGGAACAUUAGUUUUUUCUCAGUUU